AUGAAGAAUAUUGUACAUAAUACUGACAAGGGAUCAUAUAUUUGCUCUGAGUGUGGUAAAACAUUUGGCCUAAAGACAAAUCUGAAAAGACACAUGAAAUGUCACACAGGAGAAAAACCAUUCAGCUGCUCAUUCUGUGAUAAAAGUUUCAAUCGGAGAGAACACUUGAUUGCUCACAUGAGGUGUCAUUCAGGAGAAAAACCUUUCAGCUGUUCUGUUUGUAACACAAGUUUUAGUCAUGGCUGGUCUUUGGAUAAGCACAUGAGAGUCCACACUGGGGAGAAACCAUUUUGUUGUUCAUUUUGCAGUAAAAGCUUCAGGCAGCGCUCAGAUUUGGUUGCACAUUUUAGAAUUCACACAGGAGAAAAACCUUUUUCCUGCUCAGAGUGUAACACCAGCUUCACCCAGCGUCACACUUUGGUUCAGCACAUGAGGAUCCAUACUGGGGUGAAACCUUUUGUUUGCUCAGUUUGCGGAAAGAGAUUCUCACGAAAGGGACAUCUAACAAGACACAUGACGGCUCACACUGGGGAGAAACCAUUCAACUGCAGUGUUUGUGACAAAGGAUUCACAUGGCAGUCACAGUUUAAAAGACAUGAGUGUAGUGGAGAGAGCAGCAGCAGUAAAUGAAGCUGUGGAGCGACAGUUUAAUGUUU